AUUUGUAGGUGAGACGGGCUUCACUGCUGUGGCAGGUAUGGUAGCUGAAAACAACUUGAUUGGAUUCAAGUCGUCUUGAUGCACACAAGGUCCGGACUUUUACGCAGAGAGAGAUAUAUUGGAUAGGUCACCGUCAAAAGAGGAUAAUUCAUCAAACUCAUCAAAAGCAUGAAGCUGGAGGUGUUGUGUGGAAGCCACUAUGACAUGAAACACUUGGAGAUUACCAGUGAUGCAGAGGGGAGUGUACGCUCUCCUCUUUCUGUUGAGGAGGAGCUGGGAUCGGAUGGGGACUGCGUGGCGCACAGCCCUCCACCUGUUACUCCAUGCACCGACACCAAAUCCAAGCCGUACACACGGAGACCCAAACCCCCGUUCUCGUACAUCGCUCUCAUCGCCAUGGCUAUCCGGGACUCCCCAUCUGGACGUCUGACUUUGGCGGAAAUAAACGAUUACCUGAUGCAAAAGUUUCCGUUCUUCAGAGGAAGCUACACCGGCUGGAGGAACUCGGUUAGACACAACUUGUCUCUGAAUGACUGUUUUCUCAAAGUGCUCCGGGACGCGUCCAGACCUUGGGGAAAGGACAAUUACUGGAUGCUCAAUCCACACAGCGAGUACACGUUCGCUGACGGGGUUUUCCGUCGCAGAAGAAAGCGCAUUGAUAAAAAGUUCAGCAGGGAGCCAGAGGUGUCUGUGUGCGCAAAGGAGCCACAGAGCGUUCAGCAGUCUACACCCGCCACAAAGACUGAUUCAUGUGUCAAGUUCACCAGUUCAUUCGCUAUAGACAGCAUCCUCAGCAAGCCGUUCAAGAGGGACUCACGUGAGGAACGUUUACCAGUGCACCCUGCCGUCACCUGGCCGUGCUACAGUGAACUAAUGAUGCCACAUUCAAAUACACCUGCCUCAUUUCCAUACGUCAAGUCACCUUGUCUUAUGGACUCCUACACUGCGCAUGUGUCAAACCCCUAUGACGAUGGACUGCUUUCACGCGCAGUCUUGCGAUAUUAGAAAUAAAUUCGGACUUUUUUUUUUUUUCUUUUUUACUUGAUUAUAAAUCAUCAACAUGCACUGAUGAUGGACAUUACUGUGGUGGCAAGGUGUUACACUGUCUUAUUUUUGUACCUCUGGUCAUUUUCCUUUUAAAGAAUCAUCAGAUUUGAUAUUGUAAAUAGAUUUAUUUGUUUCAAAUGUUACUGACAUUGUUCUUUGUGUAACAAACGUGUUGGAAAUAUGCACUUUGGCUGUUGUUUAUAUGUGUGUUUCUU